ACCAUCCAAUGAUGUGAAUAUAUUGUCAUAUUGUAAAGUGUGUAAUCUUCCUUCACUUCUUCCAGGGGUAAAUCAUGUUAACGACCUGUUCUACUUUUUUACCAGAGGACAAACCAAAUGGAAGCCUCUUGAGAGGGACGAGGAUUUGAGACUGAGAGACAUUAUGAUGAAACUUUGGGUGAACUUCACUGCAUUGGGGAAUCCCACACCUGAUGAGUCUCUUGGAUUCAUCUGGCGACCUGCCACUGCUGAUGAAUUACAACACCUGUCCCUCACACCUACACCUGCAAUGAAGGGCGACACCAGGAGGGAGAUCAUUGUUCGCCACAGUAAAGAUCAGUGGCUUCACCCGAGUCAAAUCAGCCACUACAUAAAAAUUAGAAAAUACAUAGAUUCAUGGCAAAGCAUGAAAAAAACUGGCAUAUGGAAAUCUGCUUGGAAUUUUAUGGUUGAAGUUUAUGGAAUUAACACCAGCCAGCAAGCAACAACAAAAUACACACCUUUCUUCUAGAUGCAUGUGCGUGCAGCAAAAGCACCGCAUCCUCUUAACACAAGCCAAGAGUCUCUGGUUGGACAAACUAUUAAUUCUAAAUCUGCUGCAGCUGAAUAUCUUAUAGAAGAUGCCAUUGAGUUCAGUAAAAAAAAAAAAAAAAAAAAAAGAAAAAGAAAAAGAAAAAGAAAAAAUGAAAAAAUGUAAGUAAUAAAAUGAUAUUUGUAUCACUUACACUCACAUAACAUAAGAACAUGAAGAAAUUUGCAAAAUGCCAGUAGGCCUUCAUGUGGCAGUCCAUGUACAAAAUGUGCAUACCUAUGUCCACCUAUAAUCCCUUUCCAAGUGCUGCUUUGUGUAGGUUAUCUGGCCUUCUGCAAUCUUAUUUUAUGUUCUUAUCCAUGAAUGUCAAAUAUUUUAAAGCUUCCUAUUUAUUGUACCAACAAUAUAAUUACUGAGUCUAUUACAAUCAACUAUCACUUCC